AUGCAAGAGGUGCGGAAGCUGGAAGGAAUUGUCUCUUUUGGAACGAAUAUAAGAGAUACGGGAAGGAACGGUCUCUUCUUUCGGAAUAGCAGUUUCGAUGGAUUUCUAAGAAUGCAAGAUAGACGGGAGGAACGAUCUCUUCUUUCAGAACGGCAGUUUCAGUGGAUUUCUAAGAAUGCAAGAUAG